CCUGAUUCGACACAUUGAUCAAACAAUACAUACCACAUAUCCUCCAAAAUUAUCAAUAUUACUGUAAACAUGCGGAUCAAGAUCCUUCCUUUCAUGUUAGCAGCUACAUGUCCCAUUUUUGGAUUUUGCUUGUUAAUGCUAUGUUAUUGGCUUUACCGUAAUAGAAAGGUAACCACAGUGAAAAGCCAACUCGAAACGAAAAAACAUGGAGAUGUUCGCGCAGUAUUGAAUUACGAUGGAACAAUUGCAUAUGAAGACUUCAUUAAGGCCACAGAGGACUUCGACCUCAAAUAUUGCAUUGGAAUCGGUGGCUAUGGUAGUGUUUACAAAGCCAAACUGCCUAAUGGUAAAACAUACGCUUUGAAGAAACUCCAUCGGUUUGAAGCCAAGCAACCAGCAUUCAAGAGGAGUUUCAUGACUGAGAUCCAAGUCUUAACAAACAUAAGGCACAAAAACAUUGUGAAACUCUAUGGUUUUUGUUUGCAUACCAAAUGCAACUUCCUUGUAUAUGAAUACAUGGGAAAGGGGAGCCUCUUUUGCGCAUUGAUUGACAGUGAAUUAGCUGUGAUAUUGGAUUGGAAGACGAGGGUUAACAUUAUCAAACAGGUAGCCCAUGCUUUGGCGUACAUGCAUCAUGAAUACAGCCCACCUAUCAUUCAUCGAGACAUAUCAAGCAACAAUAUUCUCUUGAACUCAGAAAUGGAAGGAUUUGUUGCCGACUUUGGAGUAGCCAAAGUGCUAGACCCUGAUUCCUCCAACCGAUCUGUAGUCGUAGGAACUUUGGGAUAUAUUGCUCCAGAACUUGCGUAUAACACCAUUGUGACAGAAAAAUGUGAUGUGUAUAGCUUUGGGGUGCUGGCACUUGAGAUAAUUGGAGGAAAGGAUCCCAGAGAACUCCUAGACCUCCUGAAAUAUCUCAACUAUUCUAACCAACAUGCUCCCACAUUGGCGAGCAUAUUGGACGAGCGACUCUCUUAUCCAACCGACAGACUGAUUGAAAAGGAAAUUGUCCGAGUUUAUGAUGUUGCAUUAGCAUGCAUUUCCACGGAUCCAAAGGCUAGGCCGACAAUGAGAAAGGUUUCUCAGGAAUUAUCCAACUGAGGCACCAUUCUGGCUAUCUUCAAAGCUUUUGUCCCCAUUCGGUAUCAACUUUAUCGUAUACACCAAUUGUUGAAUCUUCAACGUCUAAUGCCUUUAAAAAAAAAAACAACCUUAUGAGAUCCAACUUUUUACUGUAAAUUUAUAAGUCGUUUCUUGAAAAGCAAUUCGUAAAAACACCGAUUGUAAAGC